AGCUUAGGCACAAAAAGAAAGAGCCACCCCACCACACCACACCACCACCAGUCAGUGCCAGAGAGAUGGGAAAGAAAUAAAGAGAAAAAAGUGGAGAGAGUCUUGUAUUGAAGGCCACACAACACAAGUACACAACCCAACACAACCUAAAAAAAAAAAUAAUAUCUACAACAGCAACAACUCCAAAUAAUACUCAAAAAAAUAUAGAAAGAAAGAAGAGCCUUAUUAUUGUACAAAAAGCAUUAAAAAGCUAACUGCACACAAAUAAAGAAAAAGAAACAAAGAAAGAAAAACCAACAAAACAGAACUACUCAUCAUCCUCUCUCAAACUUUGUUCAUUUUUUUUUCUCUUUGUGGGUCUUCUCGAAAUCUCAAAAACAAAAUCGAAUUGGAUCAAACCGAAUCUAAUCCAAUCCAAUCAAAUCAAAUCAAAUCAAAGCAGAUCAGACGGUCGAUAGAGAGAGACAGACAGAGAUGUCGUGUUCAUCAUCAUCAGGGUCAGAGGAAGAUGAGGAAGCAAUGGACUGGUACAGAAAAGGAGGAUACCAUGCUGUGAGAGUCGGCGAUCAAUUUGCCGGGGGCCGAUACAUCGCUCAGAGAAAGCUCGGUUGGGGUCAAUUCUCCACCGUAUGGCUCGCCUAUGACACUCGCACCUCUGAUUUUGUGGCUCUCAAGAUUCAGAAAAGUGCAGCUCAAUUUGCUGAAGCUGCCCUUCAUGAGAUUGAAGUCCUUUCGGCUAUUGCCAAUGGUGACCCCUCAAAUUCGAAAUAUGUUGUGCGACUUGUGGACCACUUUAAGCAUACCGGCCCAAAUGGUCAGCAUCUUUGCAUGGUCCUUGAAUUUCUUGGUGACAGCAUACUUGGGCUGAUCAGGUAUAACCGAUACGAAGGCUUGCGAUUGAAUAAAGUUAGGGAGCUCUGCAAGUGCAUUUUGAUAGGCCUGGAUUACUUGCAUAGAGAACUUGGUAUAAUUCACUCUGACCUUAAACCAGAAAAUAUUCUUCUCAUUUCUACCAUUGAUCCUACCAAGGACCCAGUUAGGUCUGGGCUCACACCAGUUCUUGAAAAGCCUGAAGGGAACCCAAAUGGUGGGGUUACUACGAGUACCAUUGAAAAAAAGUUGAAAAGGAGAGCAAGGAGAGCAGUUGCUAAGAUAUCUGAAAGAAGAGCCUCCAUGGGAGGAGCUGCAAAAUCUGGAAGGAACCUGGAUGGGAUUGAUAUGAGAUGCAAGGUUGUGGAUUUUGGAAAUGCAUGUUGGGCUGAUAAGCCAUUCUCAGAAGAAAUCCAAACAAGGCAGUAUAGAGCUCCUGAAGUUGUGCUACAAGCGGGGUAUUCCUUCCCUGUUGAUAUGUGGUCAUUUGCUUGCACUGCAUUUGAACUUGCUACUGGUGACAUGUUGUUUUGUCCUAAGGGCGGGCAAGGCUUUAGUGAGGAUGAGGAUCACCUUGCUCUAAUGAUGGAACUUCUUGGAAAGAUGCCUCGGAAGAUAGCUAUUGGAGGAGCACGGUCCAAAGAUUACUUUGAUAGACAUGGGGAUCUAAAGAGGAUUCGGAGGCUGAAAUUCUGGCCACUUGAUCGAUUGCUGGUUGAUAAAUACAAAUUUUCAGAGAAUGAUGCUCGUGAGUUAGCAGAGUUUCUUUGUCCGCUUUUCGAUUUUGCACCAGAGAAGCGACCAACUGCUCAGCAGUGUCUGCAACACCCAUGGCUCAAUCUCAGGAAUUCAACUCAGGAUGGGAUGAAAGAUGAAGCUAAUCUGAAAAAUGUGGAUGUUGGGAUGAGCAACCUUCAGAUUAAGGUGGGUAAGUGAAGAAGGGAUGAAAGGUGUUGACACAGCCACGUGACUUUCAAGUCCCUCCCUCCACAUGUAUGACCAUUGAUUGUGAUCUAUUUUUUGGUUUGUUACAAUUCUAAUAAGAUUUAUUUUUUUAUUAUCUAUAAGAUGUAAAAUAGUAAGAUUCAUGUGAGGAAAUGAUGCAGCAAGAUAUUUUUUUACUGCAAUUAUAGAUACUCUGGUGGGUUGUACGUAGCUAACCUGAUCAAUUGAUAUCUAUGUUCUCCACCUGUAAUGAUUAAUGAGUGAAUUUUUUGCAUUGCAUUAUUAAGAUACAUGCCCAGUUGGGGACUCGAAAGAGAAUGAAAAACCGACAGAUUGACAGUGGCUC